UACACAUUCACGCAUACGCACGCACACAGACACACACACACACACACACACACUCUACAGCCAGCAGUAGAAAGAGAAGUUAGUGCCUUCAGCAGCAGGGACAAGAUGUCUGGCCAGACUUUUGAACAGAGCAUAAAGUCCAACAUUGAGCGGGGCAUGAACAUGAAGGAUGAGGAGAAGCUUUACAAGAGAAAUGGGAUCCUCUAUUCCACAAUCAUGAGCCCACCGGCGAAUCUGGAUGCCUUGAAGGACCUGGAGGCCAGGGAGGAUGAUGUCAUGCUGGUGGCAUAUCCCAAAUGUGGCUGUAACUGGAUGGUGGGAGUGUUGAGGAAAAUUAUGACCACAUGUGGAUACACUGCCCCUGAAAGGCCCCCACUGAUCGAGUUCCACUCGCCAGACACACAGAAGAUUGUAGCUCAGGCACCAUCAAGGCGGUUGCUUGCGAGUCAUUUGCACCCUGAUGACAUCCCUGUUUCAUUUAAGACCAGUAAAACAAAGAUGUUGGUGGUGUUUCGAAACCCCAAAGACACUGCCGUCUCUUAUUACCAUUUCACAAACAAAAACCCAGUGAUGCCCAAUGCCAAGUCCUGGGACAAAUUCUUCUCCGACUUCAUUACUGGUGAAGUGGGCUGGGGUUCAUACUUUGACCACGCCCUGGGCUGGGAGAAACACAUGGACGACCCUAAUGUGUUGAUUGUGACCUUUGAGGAACUAAAGGAGAACCUGCUUGAGGGUGUAAAGAAGAUCGCAGACUUCUUCAGCUUCACCCUGACGGAUGAACAGAUCAAGGCGAUCACCGGAGAGAGCACAUUCAGUGCCAUGCAGUCAAGCUCUGAAACUUCUCAUGGAAAAUUUGCCAGCAUCAUUUUCCGAAAAGGUGAGGUAGGAGACUGGAAGAACCACUUCAGCGAGGCUCAGAGUAAGCAGAUGGAUGAAGAGUUCAAGAAGAAACUGUCAGGAACCAAACUGGGAGCCAAGCUUAAAUACGAAAAGUACUGUCAGUAAUCUGAAAUAUUAAUGAUAAUAACACUGUGAACCAGGACACAUGUUCACAUUUCACAUUUAUCACAUUUUUAACAGUUAAAUGAAUUCCGGCUAAAUACAGUGAUUUACCAUAAAUAAUUAUCACUUAUUUACUACUAAUAAUUAAUAAUUAAUAAUUAUUGCUACUAAUUAUGUUGGAUCUGUUCACAAAAUUUCAAUGUUUAUUACUACUAAUUAAAGACUUCGCCACUAGAUGGUGCAACGGCUCA